AUGGAUUCCAGUCUUGCCAUUUCACCUCGCUGGUGGCCUUCAAUUUCCCCUUUUUUCUCGAAAUACCAUUCCUUGACUCCAGGCAUAGGCCCUGAUAUGAAUGAAAACUCUGGCGUCCAGUUUAUGGGCGCCAGGAACAAGCGGACACGUCGUGACAUGCCCACGGAAAACAACGAAAGCGGUGAUGCCGCUUGGGAGCAGCACUUUCACCCCCGCCGCUCCGACCAUGCUCGAUCUGAAUCUACCCGUUUGCCACCCAGAAGACAAAGAGAUGGGUUCGACUAUCGACGCCCGGUGAUGCUUUCGCCUGGAGAUAAUGUCGUGAUCGACUUGACAGAUGGCCCGGACUCUCCCCCUCAACGAAAUGUGACAUCAUUCCCCGGUCCUCUACAUACCCCACAUCCGAACCGUCCGUUACGAUUUCCACGGGAUUUGAUGAACCACACGUCUACCGCAACUGAUGGCCCUGCUGUAAUUGAUCUGGAAGCGGAGCCGGAUCCAACAGAUGUUUCGCCGAACAGUGCGGAUGUUCAGAUCGUUGGGUCUUCUUCCGUCAGGCCGAGGCCAAUAGAACCCAGAUACUUGGACAACCACGGUAUUCCAAUGCACUAUCCUACUCACACACUUCCUCCUCACACACGCCGCCGGAGACUACCUCAAGGUGUGCCAUGGUCCUCGUUUCGUCGUCAGGGCGUCAGUGAUUUGGAGUUGCUUCACUCUGCCUACAUUCACUCUGAAGGCGUUUAUGGUCUAGAUCUGCCUAUUCAGCCGGUGCAACCGCCUCGUCGAUCAUCGUAUAAAGGACUAAGCCCAGCACCGGAAGGAUUCACUCGGCUUUUAGCAGAAGAUGACGUGCCUCUCUGCCCGAACUGCCAAGACGAGUUAGGAGCAGGAGAAGGGCUGAAACAACAGAUACAUAUUGCAAAACCAUGUGGCCAUGUCUAUUGUGGCGAAUGCGCUGGGAAUCGAUCCAUUUCGAAGUCUAAAAAAGCAGCUUCGAAGACAAAACCAUUCUCAAAGUGCCAGGUAGCAGGUUGUAAUAAACCUGUGAGCAGCCCGACAGCCAUGUACCUCCUUUAUCUGUGA